GAAGAAGAGAAAAGAUUUUUAUCAGGCGCUGUUGUUCGUGUUACAAAAAGUGCUAUUUUUCUAAGAAAAAGCCCCGUACGACCUCUUAAAUUAGCGUUCAAACGUGCAUUGUGUUGUUUUGCAGCAGUUUCGCGUAUGAAUUGGUCGGCGGAACGUGGAAUUCGUGGUGAAAAUUUCGAUUUUGUGAACACCAAGUAAGAGACACUGUCCGGUUGGUGUUGGAUGCAGCGAGCGAAGAGGUGUGUGUGUGCUAGAGCGAAACAGCACUACUGCUGAAUUAUUUCGAGGUUAGAUUAGUGUUGGAUUGGUCCGUUUAUGUUUGCAAACUUUGGCUGGUGAUCGGAUAAAAGAGAAAUUGAGAUUGCGAAAUGAAACGCAAAUCUGGAAAUGAUUUAACCACUCAAACCCUGUUGGAUUUUGAUCUGGGUGAGAGUUCCUCGGAUUCGGAUUUCAGGAUCGAAGACCAUGACGACGACAGUGAUGAUUUCUCCGCCAAUAGCAAGGAUGAAGACGAUGGAGACGAUGACGGUGAUGACGAUGAUGAUGGCGACGACGAUGACGAUGCUAGCGAUGCCGGGGAAGAUGAAGAAGAUGCUACCGAUAGCGGGACAACCGGAAGUAAUUCUAAAGUUGCUGAGAUGCCUAAGCCGGGAGUUUUACCGGAAAAGCCAGUUAGCUUGGAAGAAGUGCUCAAGAAAAGUGUGAAGGGAGUAGAUAAAGCGACAUUGAAGUUAUUAUCUACUCCAAUUUGCUGUGCAUGUUUAGGUGAUCGGAGUGAUGAUCAGAAUGAAAUUGUGGAAUGCGAUGGAUGCGGUGUGACGGUCCAUGAAGGUUGCUACGGGGUAAGCGAAAGCACUAGCAUUAGCAGUACAAUUUCUUCAUGUUCGACGGAACCUUGGUUUUGCGAAGCCUGCAAAGCAGGUAUAGCGGAUCCCGAUUGUGAACUGUGUCCAAAUAAAGGAGGAAUCUUCAAAGAGACAGACGUCGGUAAGUGGGUUCAUCUAGUGUGUGCUCUUUAUGUUCCAGGAGUUGCCUUUGGAGAAGUUGAUCAACUUUCGUCUGUCACACUGUUUGAAAUGCCCUACAACAAAUGGGGUGCCAAAACAUGUAGCCUAUGUGACGAUGCUAAAUUUGCCAGAACAGGUGUUUGUAUCGGAUGCGAUGCCGGCAUGUGUAAGACCUAUUUCCACGUAACUUGCGCUCAAUAUGCAGGACUACUGUCGGAGGCCCACUCGGAAGAAGCAGAUCAAGCAGACCCAUUCUAUGCGCACUGUAGGAUUCAUUCGGACAAAACUCUCAUAAAGCAUAGAAAACGUAAUUAUAAUGCUAUCAAAUUGAAAGCCUACAACAGAAAGCUGGAACAAGAAGCAAAUAAACUAGAGAAACCUUCUCCGGAACAGGUUCGCAUUGAACGCAAGCUAGCCAAACAUAGGAAAAAGUAUGUCAAUCACAAAGAAACCAAAAACCCACCAUGGGUUCCAACACAGAAAAUGCCACGACUGCUAACUACUAGUGCCACUGCAUGCAAAAAGCUUCUAAUGAAAGCUGAGCUCAUGGGAAUCGACACGGCUGCAAUGGAAUUCCAAGAAGCUCAAAUGACAGCAUUGGCAGACGUUCGUAAGAAAUGGCACAUUCCACCGGCAUUUAGUGUUGAGUUUAUCGGGUAUUAUUUAGACCGAACCGUUCGAUUGAAAGAGAUCAAAAAAACCCUUCAGGAACAAGUCACAUCAAACCAGAACCUGUUAGGAGAACAGCAACGGUUACGGGAUAAGUAUGAUUCAGCCAUGAAGAUAAAUCAAGAAGCAUUGAAUCAGAAUGAUGAUUUGAAAGAUGCAAUCAAGAAGUUAUACGACGAUAUCCAUGCUCUCUGCCCCAGCAAGGCGCUGAUUCCGAUUGAACAAAUUGGAAAACCUCCGUCUGUGCCACCCAUUCAAAACCCAAACGUAAUAAUAAAUACACCCAGUUCGACUCCCCCAGCGAGGACUAUUACUGUGCCAACGGCUGCCGCUCUCAAGAUGGGAGUUGGUUUUCCGUUGCAAAAUCUCAUUGCACCGGGCAAACGCGAUGACACCGGACGAAUUCUGAGUACCCAGUGCAAACAGAACAGCGAGGAAUUAUUGAACGAGUGUGGAAUCUGUAAGCGUUGCUCGGAUCAGCACCUUUUGGCUAAAUGUGACACAUGUCACCUGUAUUACCAUCUUGGGUGUUUGAAUCCUCCACUAACUAGGCAUCCGAAAAAGUCAAAACUGUACGGUUGGCAAUGUUCCGAAUGUGAUAAAUCCGAUGACUCAGGUCCAGAGCAUGUCAUACUGCCAAAGGCCCCUAGGAAAUCUCGAACACGCUACAGCAAAGAUGGUAUCAUUGUUCCGUACGAUAUGCCGUCACCCGAAUUUGAAAGGUCUCCGGAAAGUGCUUCAAAACGACCUCGUAAAAGCGGACCUAGUGGAAAUACUAGUGCCGCUGAAAAUAGCCCCACAAAAACAACUCUCACUGUAGCCGCCGUCAAUGGAAUAGAAACUAAGGAAGUUUUCCUGGAAAUUCCGAAGAUAGAUUUAGAACUAGCCGAUAAACUAAGUUCUGGAGAAACAUCGAUUGAAAUACCUAGCAAAGUAACCGCUAAACGAGGUCGCAAAAAGAAAAGUAUCGAAACGGCUGUAGAAACCAAAAAUCCCAUCAAAGAAGAGGUUACAGAGGCAGAAUUAAAAAAUGAACCUGCACCGCCGCCCAUUGAACCAACUUCUAAGGUGCCAGAAAUGCCCAAAGAUGAACGUCCUAAACCGGAACCUGCAGAAGUCAACCCCAAGGAGAUCAAGAAAGAGAAAAAGAAGGACAAACAGAAAUUGCAAUUAACUCCGACACCAGAUGCAAAGGAAGAUUUUACAUCAGCCGCAAAACCAUCUGCAGAAGGUGCCGAUAGCAUUAUAUCGGUGUCUUCACGGGAAACAAUCCCCACUGCGACGGAGUCCACUACAACCGUCUCUGCCGUUUCUGUCGAAUCCAUCCAACCAACAACUGAGCAGGUUGUCCCUUUAGUUCCAAUACCACCGGCAGCCGUAGAGGCGGAAACUUUCGCUGCCGGGGCUCCUUUCCACAGCCACUCGCACAAACACAGCAAACGAAAAAAGGAAAAACAUCGAAAUCGGUCCCCGCACGAAGACGGGUCGCCAACAAAAGAGCACAAACGGAAACGGAAGCGGAAGAACCACGAUAUCGAAAAUCCCAACGAUGCCAGUGGAAGCGGCGGAAGCAGCGCCCCACUUGCUGUGUGUUCUGUUCCGUCGGACGACAAUAGACCCCGGAUCAAAAUCAAGAUCAAAUCGGUGCUGGAUGGUUCUAAUACUCAUACAAUAUUCUACGUUCCAAACGAUAGCAUAGAGCCACCCCGACCUUCUACAAGCAGCGAGUCUGUAGUGACGAGCACACCCCUCACAUCUCCGACUAACGUUUCCGUCACAAAAAUACAGAGCAAACCCGAUCCUAUUAAGGCUAGCAGUUCUGCUGUGGCUAUAGUGGCCCCGACCAAAUCGCCAGUACCGGCCCCAGUUCCUGUUUCCGUUUCCGCUCCUACUAUUGGAGCGAAACCUCCAUCAGUUUCUGGACGCGGUCGAGGAAGACGGCUCAGUAUCAUCAGACCAAACCGAGCUAGCACAUCGCUCAAUUCAUCCUCUUCUGUUGGAAACAACUUAUCGGCCGCUGGCGGCGAAUCCAUGUGCGAUGUCUGUCAUACACCCGGAAGUACCAACAAUAUAGUGCAGUGUGACGAAUGUCAUAAAAACUACCACUUCGGCUGUCUGGACCCACCGGUAAAGAAAUCUCCAAAGCGUCGUGGAUACUCUUGGCACUGUGCUGAUUGUGAUCCGACGGAUACCGAAACUAACUAAAACAACGAACCUCGAAGAGUCAUCGCUGGCAUGAAGAGUGAUAUCAGAUGUAUAUGUACAAGCUAUCGAGCAGAAAUCGUCGUUAAAUAUCCUAAAAGAUUAAAAUCAGUCACACAAGUAUUUUUUUUUCCGAUUUGAAAUGUUGUAUUAAAUAAUAAUAAAUAUACUGUCAAAAAAUCUAUGAGAAGCAAAACAUACAAUUACUGUAACAAGGCCCCAUGCGUUUAGCGAUAAGCAAAUCUAUCUUAUUUGGCGCUACGAGGUGCAUUUCUGUGACAUUACACUACUCAGAAUCAGACAUUCGAUUGAUUGUUUUCAAUUGGUACGCUUUCCACUGUAUUUUCUGUACAAUUACAAGAAAAUAUGUCUCAAUAAAUGGUAAUUUAUUUUGUAACAAAACAAAAA